AUGCCCGUGGCGCUGACCACCAGAGCCGUGGCAGCCGUGGCAGGCUGGGCGCGUCAUUUCCUCGAGUGUCACACGCAUCCCCCCUCGCACCCAGUCAGCACAGUCAGCGGCCUCCGAGCAAAGCUUGUCUCGGCUGCUUGUGGGCCUUAUUUCGCUAUCAGCCGCCACUCCACGCGCGGCGGGCGAUCCAGAGACGCCAUCCCAACGCCGAGAAAGGGCCAAAAGUCAUUUCUGGGGCCCAAGCCUGCGCUGCCCUAUGACUGCUCAUGGCUUUUGCAAAAGUUUCGCCUUUUUUUCCUGUUCUCCUCAUCUCCUCGACCUGCUGUCCAUCCACUCCCCAUUACCCACCCACGCCCACUCAUCCUGACUCUGCCUCCCCGGCUUCGUUUCACCUCGCUAGCCUUCCAUCCAACACCCGGCCAGCCUUGA